CAACCAAAAACAAUGUCAACAACUCAAAUGUCGUGUUCAAAUCUCUAAGAAAUUCAAGAUAUUAUAUUUUCGUUCCCUUUUGGAUAGUAACACUUAAAGAAUGAUACAAUUGCCGAAAAAACAUCGCGAUCCUAAAGAACUUCAAGGUCUUUGCCAAUGCCGUCCAGUAUGCAAGAGUCGGAGACGCGAGUGGAAGGGCGAGGUGCAGAACACGUCAGCUGAGCUGCUGCUGGAGAGAAAACCGCUCCCCUUAUGCUUUAAGAGAUGGCCCACGAAAGUAUACCCAAACAGUCCCUGCCCACUCCUGGGUCGUACGCGGCGCAUCACGGUGAACGACCGCUAUGCCAUCCACAAGCCCCACGUGGUGAGGAUCUGCCAGGCCCCAAUAGAUGACUCAGUGGACACCCCUUACUUGAGAUAUGCACAAAUGGCUAAAGCUAUGGGAGCCUGGGGUGCAGUGCACGCGUGCUGUGCGUUCUGCGAAUGCGGUGCUUGUUGUCCGUGCGGUAUCCGCGAGUACGUGCUGCACGACGCGGAGCGCGAGGCUCGCCGCCACUCCGAGAUGCGCGCCUUCGACGCCCGCGUUAAGACCGACCAUCAGAUCAUGCGCAUUAUGUACGACAAAAUCUGAUCAAUCACCAGACUGCUUACGAGUUUUGUAAGACUCGAGUCACACAGGGUCGGCAGCGACGAGGCGAGCACUUCAGUUAAAUAAUUUUAAACUUAACUCCAUACUGCUUGAAAAGGUCGCGCGGCCGCUCGCGGUGCCGCUGCAAUUCUGUUGUGGCACGGGCCUAAGAUAACGCUCUCGAUACGUAAUUAUAACUCGGCUGAAAUAAAGAGUCGUUUCCAUGACUUGAUUUGAAUAAUAAUCAAUCAUGAUGGAUUAUAACGUUUACUCAUUCAUGAUUGAGCGCGUUUAUAAUACCUACGACUAAUAUAAGAGCCGAUUACAGCUUCUUAAAAUAAACAGUUCUAAAAUGAAUGGUGCGUAAUUAAGUUGUAUGAUAAUUGACGCAUCGAAAAAGUUAUCUUCCAAAACUCACACUGGGCACUCUGGUGCUAUUCGCGUGAACGUUGACUCUAGUCAGCGAUCCCCUGGUCUGGAUCUGAUCAGGCUUUUUAUGAGUCAAAAAGAGGAUAACAAUCUUCAAAAAGGAAUCAGGAUUAAAUUAUUUAUGAACAAGCUUUGUAUAUUUUGAAUUAUAACAAUGCUUCCAACUAA